AACAACAUGGGACGAGGACACUAAAGGAACUAACUGCCUAAAGGAUUAUACAUUCUGUGCUCUGUGCUGGAUUUUAAUUUUCCUGGAGAAAGGAUUUAGGUAAUUUAGUGAGUGGUGGUAUGCUGGCUGGCUCACUUUUAACAGAGUUUAUGGCCCAAGGUGUUUCCACUACAGAGCCCCUUCAAAAAACUAGUGUUCCUCUGGAGGAAACUUGAAGCUUUUCUUUAUCUUCACUUACAGGUGCAGAAAUGGUUGGCAUGAAACCCAAAGACCCAAAGGUGCCCUCUGCGGCAGUUAAGUUCUUUGGUGCGGGCACCGCAGCCUGCAUAGCUGACCUUGUCACAUUUCCUCUGGACACAGCCAAAGUCAGACUGCAGAUUCAGGGAGAGUCUCAGAAAGCUGAGGGGGGCAGUGCCGUGAAGUAUCGCGGAGUGUUUGGCACCAUCACCACCAUGGUGCGCACAGAGGGGCCCAGGAGUCUUUACAGUGGACUGGUGGCAGGACUACAGAGGCAGAUGAGCUUUGCCUCUGUCCGAAUCGGUCUGUACGACUCCAUGAAGCAGUUCUACACUCGAGGCACUGACAGUGCUGGGAUUGUGAUUCGGCUCAUGGCGGGCUGCACCACAGGGGCCAUGGCUGUGGCUUUUGCACAACCAACAGAUGUGGUGAAGGUGCGUUUCCAAGCCCAGGUACGACUGGCUGAUGGUGUAAGGAGAUACAACAGCACCCUGGAUGCCUAUAAGACGAUUGCCCGAGAUGAGGGAGUACGGGGCCUUUGGAAAGGUUGUAUGCCCAACAUCACUCGCAAUGCCAUUGUAAACUGUGCAGAGCUGGUGACCUAUGACAUGAUCAAAGAACUCAUCCUGACGUAUGACCUAAUGACAGACAACCUGCCGUGCCACUUCACCGCUGCCUUCGGCGCAGGCUUCUGCACGACAGUGGUGGCUUCCCCUGUGGAUGUGGUCAAAACACGGUUCAUGAAUUCAGGGUCUGGCCAGUAUAACAGCGCUAUCAACUGUGCUCUCACCAUGCUGAGACAAGAAGGACCCACCGCCUUCUAUAAAGGGUUCAUGCCUUCUUUCCUGCGACUGGGGUCCUGGAACAUUGUAAUGUUUGUGACAUAUGAACAAAUUAAAAGAGGCAUGAGCAGGGCACAACAGUACUGGGAGUCGCCCUGGAAAAUGGUUGGAUUUGGACCUGCUGAUGUGCCUCCAUCAGCGGCAGUGAAGUUUGUAGGAGCAGGGACUGCGGCCUGCAUCGCUGACCUGCUCACCUUCCCCCUGGACACAGCCAAAGUACGGCUGCAGAUCCAAGGAGAGGCCAGAGCUUCAGCAGCUACAGGGAAAGAGUCUGCAGUGAAGUAUCGUGGUGUGUUUGGCACCAUCACCACCAUGGUGCGCACAGAGGGGCCCAGGAGCCUUUACAGUGGACUGGUGGCAGGACUACAGAGGCAGAUGAGCUUCGCCUCUGUCCGCAUUGGUCUCUAUGACUCUGUAAAACAGUUCUACACUAAAGGCUCUGAUCAUGUUGGUAUUGGCAGUCGGUUGCUUGCAGGGUGUACCACUGGUGCCAUGGCAGUUGCUUUUGCUCAGCCUACGGAUGUGGUGAAAGUCCGCUUCCAGGCACAGGCAAGGUCACCUGGACAUGCCAGACGCUACUGUGGUACCAUUGAUGCUUACAAGACCAUUGCUAAGGAAGAAGGCAUCCAUGGUCUGUGGAAAGGUACAGCUCCAAACAUUGCACGGAAUGCAAUUGUUAACUGCACUGAAUUGGUGACAUAUGAUUUCAUCAAGGAUUCACUGCUUAGGUCCACUCCACUAACAGAUAACCUGCCUUGCCACUUUGUAUCAGCCUUUGGUGCAGGAUUAUGCACAACUGUGAUUGCCUCUCCUGUUGAUGUGGUCAAGACAAGAUAUAUGAACGCUCCUCUUGGCCAGUACAGCAGUGUCCUCAAUUGUGCUGCUGCCAUGAUGACCAAAGAGGGACCGCUUGCCUUUUAUAAGGGGUUCAUGCCAUCUUUCUUACGCCUGGGCUCCUGGAACGUGGUGAUGUUUGUAACCUACGAGCAGCUGAAACGUGCCAUGAUGGCAGCGAAUCACAACCGCACAACUGUACUGUAACCAUUGCUGUCUGUCGAAGGCUGAUUUCUAUCACAGCUGUGUUGUUUACAAAUUUCUGCCAAAAGUGUAUAUUUCAACUCAAAGUAAAGUUACACAAACUGUGCUGCUACCGACAGAAAUGUAACCACAUUAAUCGUUAGUCAUAGGAUAGCAACACAUGCAUCAGUCUUUAUAAGUGAGAGCUUGCUUGAUCUGAUGCUUCCUCUCAGCGGAGAGCUUCUCUGGAAACUGGAUGUCGAAAGUGAUGAUGAGGUUUCCUCUCUGGGAAGGGUCCCGGGACAGCGGCAUUCCCUCUCCAGUCACCACUUUUUUGUAGGCAGGGCUGGUGUGACAUGACAAACAAAUCAUAGACAGGAAAAUGCUAACUGAUGUAGAUGAAACCCAGAAAUGUCUCUGUGCAAGUGUACAGUUUAUAUAAAGUCCUUGAAUUUCCUGUUUGUCUCUUCCUGCUCUGAUGUUGAUGUUCAAAUCCUUCAUCCAGCUUUUAGAAUAGAGUUGGAGAUUAAUGUGAAAUGAAUAUGAUUGCAAAGUAUGGUAUCAUACAUGAAUGUCAUUUCAUAUUCCACUUUUGCCUUAAUAUAGACAAGCACUUACUGCACAAUGUCGUUGAUGGGAACACUGAGCAGCCUCCCAUCAAGUGUCUCCACAUCCACAGAGAAACCAGUCAAGGCCUGUGCAAAAGGUUAAGUGUUUAUUCUACUAAAGCUAAAUCUUUAAGUAUGACUAAUAAUGAAAUCUAACAUUCUGGCUGCCAUUAACAUGACUCACCAUCUCCAGAGAGAUCGGCACCUUGUAGAUCAGGUCAUUGAGUUGUCUAACAUACAGAGGAUGACUCUUCUGUCGCACUAUGAACACAAUAUCUGCAGGGAUGCUGUUUGGCCCCUAAAGGUAAAAGUGAGAUAC